GCACGCGGUAUUCACCAGAGGCUCGUACUUGUUGAAGACUCGGUCCUUGUUCCUAGCGAGGUCCACUGUGAUGUUCCUCUGAGGAUAGCAGCGCGCUGCAGGAGGAGUGCUCCUCCUCGGCUCACAGCCCUCUCCAGCUCUUCUCCCCCCGGACUCCGCGACGCUCACGUUUUCCUGCAACAAGCCCCGAGACUGGAGACGGAGAGAGACCCGUGGUGGGAAGGAGGCUCAGACACCUAGAUGCCAGGUGGUUGUGACACAGAGGAAUGCUGCAGGGAUAACCAUCUGACACUGAAGCCAGCCAAGCAGAGCAGUCCCUAUCUGACCAGAGAGCCUUUUCUACAGUCCUGGCCACUGUAUGAUGACCCUGGGGUCAACAUGUCCGCCCUGAACCAAGUCGUCCUCACCGAGGCGGACCAACGUGUGGAAAUUAACCUGGACUGGAGUGACAUCGAGUGGCGGGAAACAGAGCUGCCCAGCGCGGUUGUAGCCAACGCCCAGACGCAGACGGAGCAGCUGCUGACGUCGGAGGCGGAGGCCCAGACCAGCCACGCCGUCGUCAUGCACAUCGACCUUGAGCGGACCCCCUCCAGGCUGAGGCACGGGGCCGGGAUGGAGGCCGAGGGCCUCGGAGGGCCCCUGUUGCAGUUCGACCGGCAGGCACUGGGUCGUAUCUCCACCUCCCCCACCCUGAGGAGGAUACGCAGCAGCCGGCGGUCCCAGCCUGGGGUCCGGAUGGAGAGCACGCAGGAGGAGCCCGGCCCGGCCCCGAGAGACCCCCAGCCCCCGGCCGGCCCCGUGUCUCCUGGCCCCAGGCACAUGGUGUCCUCUCUGGCCCCCAGUCCCCUCUGUGACGGGGCCGUCCAGCUUGAGAACGUUGCUGGGUCCUCCACCUCUUCCUCCACCGGCAGACAGAGGACCCGCUCCCAGAGGUCUAAGACCUUUGAGGACAGGACCUCCGGCCCUGGGGAGGGGUCUCCAGGCGGGACCUCCUGCCCCAGGGAGGGGUCUCCAGGUGGGACCUGCUGGUCCAGACAGGGGUCUCCAGGUGGGACCUGCUGGUCCAGAGAGGGGUCUCCAGGCCAACAUCCAACCGACUUUGAGUUCCCCUGUCAUAAAGGACAGGAGCAGGAGCCCGAUCGCACUAGGCUGCAGGAGCGGCGGCGGAGCUCGGUGGUGGUCAGCAUUCCCGGUCUGGACGUGUCCCCCGGCGACCUGUUCGUGUCUAACGGAUCCGCAGACAGGCUGAACGGUUCCGCCCUCUCUGACACGAAGAAGUCCAAAUGGCCGUUCUUGGGGCGCAGCACGAUCAAAGGGAAGAUCUCCAUCAGCACAGUGUCAACCAUCGAGAACCACCUGUCCUCAGCACACAUUCAAGACUGGAGGAACACAGAGUUUCAGAAAUAUAAGAACUGGUGCCUCGCGGAAUUCCUGCAGGACCAGUCCCCCCAGCUGGAGCGUCCCCCAGCCCCCCAGGGCACCAGGCGACUGGAGGCCCUGUGGGAGCUCUUCACCAGCGAGGCCGUCUACUUCCUGGACCAGCUCAUGGUUCUAAAGGAGGUGUUCCUGGCCACGCUGGAGAACCUGCAGGCCAGACAUUGUCUGGUUGACCUGGACCCCUGGAGGCUGUUUGCCAACAUCAACGAGCUAUGUCUGGUGAGCUUUGGCUUCCUCAAGAGUCUCCUGCGCGUAGUUAAGGACACCUGGGAGCUCCCUCCAGAGGGGGCCGGGGCAUGUCUGCCCGAGCUGCUGAGUCAGGCCUUCCAGGAGAGGGUAUGCCACUGCCUGCAGAAGUACUGCCUCAACUACUCAGCUGCGCUGCAGUACCUGGACUGCCUUAAGGCCAGGGAGGACUUUGGCUGUUAUCUGAAGUGGUGUGAGAGGAAGGAGCAGUGCCGGCGGCUGCAGCUGCGGGACCUGCUGGUGGCUCCCAUGCAGCGGCUGACCCGCUACCCCCUGCUGCUGCGCAACAUGGCCAAGAGGAGCGCCGGGGCGGAGGGCGCCGCCCUGCAGGCCGUGGCCGAGCAGGUGGACGCCUCCAUAUGCAAUUUGGAGGGUGAGGUGAAGUGGUUGGACAACUACCAGCAGGUGAAGCAGCUGAGGGACGCUCUGGUGUGGCUGCCGGUGUGGGAGAGAGACAAGCGGGCGUUUGUACCCGAGAGUUUGAAACACCUGCUGAAGACUGUCACCUUGGAUAACCUUAUCAAUCACCGAAGCCUGUUGCAUGAUGGGAAACUCAUUGCCACAGAGAACACCAAGAUGGUGGACGUUUAUCUGUUCCUGUUUGAUGAGUUCCUCUUGAUCACCAAGAUAAAGAGAAACAAAAAGCGGUCGGCCGCCCCUGAGCAGGCUCAGAGCCCGGACCUGGACCAGCUCCUGAAGGAGGGCUGUACCUUCACCGUGGUGGACCAGCCCGUCUCUCUGGACCGCCUGCACAUGAAGAACAUCGACCAGCUCAACGCUACAGCAUCAGGACUACCUCACUCCUUUAUCCUCAUGCAUCAGAGCCGCUACCAGCAGUGUAUGGGAGCGUUCAUCCUCCAAGCGCCCUGCGACGCCGUCAAGAAAGCGUGGAUGUCCAAGAUAGAGGGCGCUGUGACGGCACUGCUGAAACUGGACUCUCAGCAGCCGCGGGUCAAGAAUGCCUCCCGGUGGCUGGAGUCCUCCCAGAUAUGAGCCCUAGAAUCAGCCCCUGAAGACCUGUUAACAUGAGCCCCUUAAGACCUGUGUUAACAUGAGCCCCUGAAGACCUGUUAACAUGAGCCCCUGAAGACCUGUGUUAACAUGAGCCCCUGAAGACCUGUGUUAACAUGAGCCCCUAAAGACCUCUUAACAUGAGCCUCUGAAGACCUGUGUUAACAUGUGCCCCUGAAGACCUGUGUUAACAUGAGCCCCUGAAGACCUGUGUUAACAUGAGCCCCUAAAGACCUCUUAACAUGAGCCUCUGAAGACCUGUGUUAACAUGUGCCCCUGAAGACCUGUUAACAUGAGCCCCUGAAGACCUGUUAACAUGAGCCUCUGAAGACCUGUUAACAUGAGCCUCUGAAGACCUGUGUUAACAUGAGCCCCUGAAGACCUGUUAACAUGAGCCCCUGAAGACCUGUGUUAACAUGAGCCUCUGAAGACCUGUGUUAACAUGAGCCUCUGAAGACCUGUUAACAUGAGCCCCUGAAGACCUGUUAACAUGAGCCCCUGAAGACCUGUGUUAACAUGAGCCUCUGAAGACCUGUUAACAUGAGCCCCUGAAGACUUGUUCUGACCUGUAAAUACUGGUUCUAUAACUAGAUUUGUUUUAUAAAAUAAUUGCUUGCCUUG